AUGAGAAGCAUAGGCGAGCCGACUAUCGAACAACGUCUCCGACCGCUCCCACUAAAUGUGGAAGAGCUUUAUUCAGCGCCGAUUUCCGAAGUGAGAGCCUCUGCGAUAGAAUGGCUCAACGAUAUCGAUACAAUAAGGAUCAACAGCAACUACCAGGGUGCCCUUAGUGGACAGAUACGCAAACGAGUAAAUGUGAUCAAAGAGAUCCUAAGAGUCCUUGGAGAAAAGAUCGAGGAUACUGGUGACCCGAGCUAUCUGAGGAGAAGGAACUCUGAGCUUGCAGCAGAGCUGGCGGCAUCUAAAAGAGAGACUGCCAAACUGAGAAGAGAUGUUCAGGAUCUACAAAAAAUUGUAGGAGAUCUCAAGAAGGCAAUAGAUGGAGGCCGUUUCGUCGAGAAGGCAGAGAAGGCAACCUCCCCGUUCGAAAAUCCCCGCAAGGACGCUAAGUCCAAAUCCAGGGAGAGAAGAGACACUCGCGGCAACGCAAACGCUUACAUGGACACACAAAAUGCAGAUGUGGUCAUGAGGCCUCCGAUAAAAGGAGUCUCCAAACCGAUACCUGCAGCGGAGACAAGUACACUAAGAGACUUACAUGAUGAGGACGCAGAGCUAUCCAGACGCAUCGCUGAACUCGCAUCCCAAAGGAAACUACUGCGACAAUCCUUCCAGAAACAGGGAAAAGAAAACCCUGCUACUGGCCCUGUCCCAGCUGAAACCCCACAGGAUGCUGCUAAAAAUAAACCUAGAGUGAUAAGCAAUACCCAAAUCGUUGCUCCAAAAGAGACAAGGACCCAAAACCCACAAACGGUGGCCCAAUUCAAUGAUCCAGCGGCAGGCCCCAGCCAGAGGAGCGAUGCCUGGCAGAAGGUCGAGUCCAAAAAGGACAAGCGCCUAAGGAAAAAAGAGGCUAAACAAGCCGCUCUCAAUAGCCAAAAGGCUAAUAAUGUGAAGCCGAAUAACAACGGCAACAACGGCGAAGUCAAGAGGAGAAGACCACCCAGGACAGCAGCAGUCGCUAUCAAGGGCGUAACGAACGACUUCUCAUAUGCGGCAGCCCUGAAAAAACUCAGGGAAGUAAUAUUGCUAAGCGAUUUAAAUAUAGACAAGUCGUCUAUAAGACAUUCCGCCAGCGGCGGAAUCGUCAUUAAAGUCCCCGGCAAAGAUAAAGCCGAAAAAGCUGAAGCCUUGAGAGAGAAAGUCUCCAUCGUACUCGGAGAGUCGGCAACGGUUACAAGACCUGUCGUCAAAGGCGAAAUGAGACUCAUCGGACUCGAUGACUCGGUUGUCCCGGACGAAGUGGCAGACGUCAUCGCCACUGCAGGAGACUGUAAGGCCGAAGAAGUAAAGGUCGGCACAAUAAGACCCAUGACAAAUGGGCUAUUCACGGUGUGGGCCCAGUGUCCCUUAGCAGCCGCAAUCAAAGCGACCCAGAAGGGCAAAAUUAGAAUAGGUUGGACCGUCGCCCGUAUAGACCUUCUAAAAGCCAGGCCGACCCAAUGCUAUAAGUGUUGGGGUCAUGGUCACUUAAGAAAUAAGUGCACGGCUACGGUUGACAGGAGCCAAAUCUGCUUCAGAUGUGGUGGAGAGAAUCAUCCCGCCCUUAAAUGCCAGAACCCAAUUCGCUGCAUUUUGUGUGUCGAGCAAGGAAAAGACCCCAACCAUAGAGUGGGGUCUAAUCAGUGUAAAGCGAACUUUAAGGCGCAACCCAAUCCCAUCACAGCAGAAGACCCGGACCGGAGGCCGGUUGCUAUGGAGAUAGGAAAUGAAGUAUCGAAUUCUCCAAUCUCCAAAGAGGAAUUUCUUACCUUCCUCGACGAGCUAAGUGUAGCUAUAAGAAUACUGGGCGGUCGAACCCUCAUUUGCGGUGACUUCAACGCGAAAUCCUCACAGUGGGGCUCCCGAAACACCGACCGCAGAGGCGAACUCGUGGACGAAUGGGCAGCGGAGCAUGAUCUGCGUUUGAUUAAUUCAGGCGCUCUCCCAACCUGCAUAAGACCCCAAGGUUGGUCAAUAAUUGACUUGACGUGGUCAACCGCAGACAUUUGCGGUUCUAUCAGCGGCUGGCAGGUCAUGAACAACACCGAAUCCCUGUCCGACCACGAAUAUAUCCAAAUGUUUUUCGGACGAGAUGAUGGUUAUCUAAAUGUCAAUGAUCGAAGUAGUAAUAGUCAAAAAUAUCCAAGAUGGAAUAUCAAAAAGAUGGAUAUCGAUAAAUUUCGGGCCGCAAUACUCUGGAACUGCACAAACUCCGACGAUCAGCCUACGGAGAAAACUGCAGAAGAUCAGGCUAAAUGGAUCGAGCGCUCCAUCCACCAAGCGUGUGAUGUUGGCGCUAGCAGGAUUAAGAAACCUCCUCCGAAAGAGCAAACAUACUGGUGGAACACUGACAUCGCAAGACUCAGAGAAGCCUCCAUAGCGACGAGAAGAGCAUGGUCCCAUGCAAAGCAAAGAAGAAGACCCCUGGAGAUUUUAACACCACUUCGGGAUCGGUAUAAGGUGGCUAGAAAAGCCCUUAAAAGCGAAAUUAGUAAGGCAAAAUACAUAGCCUGGCAGGAUCUCAUUCAAACGAUCGAGGACGAUCCCUGGGGCCUGCCCUAUAAGGUAGUCCUGAAGAAACUGCGCAGAUCUUCUCCUAGCCUUACCGAAACACUCAAUGAGGACACGGUAAACACUCUCCUGGAAUCCUUGUUCCCGAGUGGAGUUGAAACGGACCCUAAUGAGCUAUGGCCUAACUGGCAAUGGCCUGAAGAGACGGCAGAGGAAUACAACAUCACCGCCAAAGAAGUAUUCACCACCAUCAAACGAAAAGCCGGCAAUAACACGGCCCCGGGACCGGACGGGAUCAAAACAAGGAUACUAGGUCUACUCCCAGGAGAGAUGAUAGCAGAUAUCGCAACCUGCUUAAACACGUGCCUCAAAGAGGGCACAUUUCCCAAGAGAUGGAAGCGCGCCAUGCUCGUACUAAUACCUAAAGGAGGCAACGGCCCUGACGAGACAAUUCCGAAGGUACGUCCGAUAUGCCUUCUAGACGAGAUUGGCAAAAUCUUUGAAAAGAUUAUCGUGGAUCGACUCAACGCCUGGAUGAACAAAAACCCGGUCCACCAAGUUUCGGCAAACCAAUAUGGAUUCCGAGAGAGGCGAUCCACUUGUGACGCUCUAGCACAAGUCCAGUCGGCAAUUGAGGAGGCUAUCCAACAAGAUGGAGUCGUGAUCGCGAUUAGCCUGGACAUUUCUAAUGCCUUUAAUUCGCUCCCGUGGCCAGUCAUUAGAGAUGCUAUUAAACGGAAAUGUUUCCCGGAAUACUUGAGAAGAAUAAUCGAUAGCUACUUACACCAGCGCUCCAUCGAGUUCUUAGACAAUCAAGGUAACGUCAUUACCAGACCAAUGACGACUGGGGUACCCCAGGCAACAGCUGAUAAGGUCUCCACUGCCAUAGCAAGAGCCAACUACCAGACGGCAUUGAUCCUAAAUAGAAUCAAAAGAUUAGGACUGUCAGUAUCGGUUAAUAAGACCGAAGCGGUACUGUUCCACGGCAGAAGAAAACCGGACCAGCUUCCAUGUGUAACAAUCGGCAGCGAGAUCAUUCCAACCAAGACGUCGAUGAAAUAUCUUGGUGUGAUAUUGGACUCUAGAAUGUCAUUUAGAGACCACUUCGAAUACGUGGAAGCUAAAGUCUCCAAAGUCUCGAAAUCCUUGGGCAGACUCAUGCCCAAUCUGAGGGGACCCAGAGAAGCAAAAAGGAGGUUAUACGCUAAUGUCGUGCUAUCGAUUAUUCUCUAUGCCGCACCAAUAUGGUGCGAUGCCUUAACAGCCGCAAGACGUAAUCGGGAGAAACUCGACCGACUAAUGAGGAUCACCAACUUAAGGGUCAUCUCUGCAUACCGGAUGGUCUCACUUGACGCAGCAUCGCUUCUGGCGAGAAUUCCGCCACUGCACCUUCUGGCGGCAAUGCGGAAACGUGUAUACGUAAGAACGUCUGAGUCAAGACUACUUAGCGACUGGACAUCAAGUAUGGCAAACGAGAUCAGAGAGUCAGAGGCGUUAGUUAUGCGCAGGCAGGGAAAUAUAUACACAAAGGCCAAUGGUCGCCGGUAUUCGUACUAG